AUGUCAUUAUUUUCAAAAAAAGAAUAGAAGAAAUAACCUACACAAUUUUUAGAAUUUGAUUCUCUUGUUGUUAAAAAGUAUAUUUAUGACUCAAAGAAAGCUAAUGAAUAGUCUGUGAAGCAAGAAUAGUAUAUAAAUGAUUUAAGAAAAGCGUAUGAAUUCCAAAAAAAAAAUUAGUUAUGAAUAGUAAAGAGUUGAAAUUGGGUCAAUAUUUUAAAAAGUUGAGAUUCUUUAAGUGGAAAGAAAAUAAUUAAUGGAUGAAGUAGAGUAAUAUAAAAUAAGUCAAAUGGAAAUUCUAAAAAAAUAUGAAGGUGAAUAUUAGGAGAAAGAGAGAUUUAAUAAAGAAUGCUAAAAAUACAAAUAAUAGAUUCUAGCACUUUAAAAGAUGUAAAUGCCUCAAGAAUUUUAAGAAAAAAAAUGUCAAGAAUUAAAAGAGUCUUUAUUUAAUACUUUAAAAGACAUAAUGAAUGAUUUUUUAGAAAGUUAUAAUGAUUAAAUAGGAUAUGAAAAUGACAAUGAAGGUAUAUAAAUUAAAAAUUAAUAAAGCUACUGAAACAUUAUUUAAUGAUUUACUUUAAUAGAUUGAUGAUUCUAUAUUAAUGUUUGUAGAAAAUCUGCCAGCUUAAUCUAGUAGAUAGUACUAAUCAGAAGAAGUUUAACAUUUAAAAGAUUAAAUUGAAAAAACACUAUAGACUGUUGCUAAUUUACAAUCUGAAAAUUAAGAUUUAUUAGCAUCAUUAGAAUCUGAAAAGUAACUUAAAGAAAAAAUUACUAAUCAAAAAAAUACUUAAUAGUAAUUAGUUAGUUAAUUAUAAAAUUAAAUUGAGUAAAUUACUAAUGAAAAAAAAGCAAUUGAUUCUUAACUUUAAGAAAUUUAAACUAAAUACUAGGACAUAUUUAAAGAAUAUUAAGAAUUGAAUUAAAUUAAAGAAGAUGAAAAAGAAAAGUUAAAAGGAGAAUUAAUAGGAUUAGUAAAUGAAUUGUAAAAAGAAAUGUAAAAUAUUAAAUAAGAGAAUUUAAUACUUAAAUAGUAAAAUGAAGAGUAGAAUACUGAACUUAAUAAAUAAACUGAAGUAUUUAAUAAUAGACUCAGAGAUUUAGAAAAAAAAUUAAAUCAUGAAGAGUUGAAAUCAGAAUAAAAAUAUAAAGAAGUAAUAUCAUUCAUUUAAUAAAGUUACUUAGAAGUGAAAGAGAAUUAAAUCAAUAUAAAUCAGAAGCUACUAAAUUAUUUGAAAAUAAUAAUCUUUUAUAAUAAUAAUUAGAUUCCUAUAAAGAAAAAAGAAAAUAAGAAAAAGAAAUAUUUGAUGAUUAAAAAGAUAAAAUUAAAUAAAUGAUUUUAUAGUUAUAAUAGUAGGAACAAGAAUAUUAAGCUAAAAUUACUUAACUUGAAGAAGAAAUUAAUUUACUUAAGUAAACAACUAAAAACACUGUUUCAUCAGAUAUAUCAAUUAAUCCAGAAAUUAUUAUGGAAAAAGAAUUAUAAAUAUCAAAAUUAGAAUAAGUCAUAUAAGAGUAAUAAUUAUUAUUAAUUAAUAAUAGAUUAAAUUAAAAAACAAGUGAAUAAAAAUAAAAACUAGCUGAAAGUAACAUAGUUAUAAAUGAUUUAAAUCAAGAAUUAGAUAAAUUACAAUAAACUAAUCAAUAACAUUUAGAAAAAAGAGCUAUUGCAUUAAGUGAAUUAAAUCGAUUAGAAUAAUAAAAUUAAAUUUUAAAAUAAGUAAUAAUCAUAUAUUAUCUUUAGAAAAUUAAUGAUUAAAAUUAAUUUAUAAAAUAAUUACAAAUAGAGAAUUAGUAGAUUUCCUAAAUAGUUAUACCUUAAAAAUAAUAACCUGUUCCUAAUAUGCAGAAAUAAGUAUUAAAUCAAAGUAUUUCAAAAACACCUAUGAUGGAAGGAAAUAACUUAGAUUCAUCUCUAUUAUCUGAUGUAGAGAGUUAAAAUUCAAAAAAUUCAAAAACUCCUUCUAUACUAAUGAAAGGUUUUAAUUAUUUUAAUAAACCAACAAAUUAACCAAUUUAAUAAAUGGUAUCUAAAAAUAAAUAUAAAAAUAGUAAGAGAAUUCAGAUUUAAAAAUUGCUGUGACUCUGAUACACAAAUAGACAGAAGAGUUAAAAGUAAAUUUAGAAUAACUUUAUAAAUGUUUUUUGUCAACAGUACUUCUAAAUUAAAGCAACGAAGAUGGUAAGUUUCUGAAAUUUGAAAGAGAAAUCAAUGAAUGUUUGAAAAAAACUUAAGAUUUAAAUGAUAAUAUUGAGGACUUUUUGAUAUAAUGA